GUGUGUGUUGGAGGUGAGAAGCCAGGUCUUGUAAUUGUUCUUAAUCUAAAUCGAAUUUCAUCUGCUGUUUAGUUUAUCAUUUAUAAGUAGUUUGUACUUACAACUGUACAGGAUAAUCUGUGGAAUUAUAAGGUGUGAUUUAUUUUGUAGUAAUUGUUGUUUUGCAGGUGACAAUGGGGCGAAGACCUGCAAGAUGUUACCGAUAUUGUAAGAACAAGCCAUACCCUAAAUCUCGAUUUUGUCGUGGUGUGCCAGACCCAAAGAUACGUAUUUUCGACUUGGGAAGAAAGAAGGCACGGGUUGAAGACUUUCCUUUGUGUGUUCAUCUUGUGUCUGAUGAGUAUGAACAGCUGUCCUCUGAAGCACUUGAAGCAGGCAGAAUCUGCGCUAAUAAGUACAUGGUGAAGAACUGUGGCAAGGAUCAAUUUCAUAUUCGAAUGAGACUUCAUCCCUUCCAUGUCAUCCGAAUCAAUAAGAUGUUGUCCUGUGCUGGAGCUGAUAGGCUCCAGACUGGGAUGCGCGGUGCUUUUGGAAAGCCACAGGGAACAGUGGCCCGUGUACGUAUCGGACAACCCAUCAUGAGCGUACGAACUAGCGACAGACAUAGAGCAGCAGUUGUCGAAGCUCUGAGACGAGCCAAGUUUAAGUUUCCUGGUCGCCAGAAGAUUUACGUAUCAAAGAAAUGGGGCUUCACUAAAUAUGAACGUGACGUGUAUGAAAAGUUGCGUGACGAGGGUCGUCUGGCUGGAGACGGUUGCAAUGUGAAGUAUCGACCAGAGCACGGGCCACUAGAUUCGUGGAAGAAGGUGCAAGUGGAACUGGCACAGGUGGCUUGAGUUUUGUGUUCUUUUCCUUGAUGUUAUUUCCGAUUUCUGUACUACCUGGUAUUGCUAAUAAAGGUUUGCAGACUGUGUUA